GAUGCUUAAUUCACUGACGGAGAAGAGGAAGAAGAAGAAGAAGAAGAAGAAGUGUCGCCUGUCUUCUGGGACUCAAAGCUCAGACACAUCCGACAGAUUGAAGCCAAACUCCGGACUGAGAGCAGCUCAGAGAGAAGCAGAGGAGAGGCGGGCAGCCGGAGAGGAGAGGCGGGCAGCUGGAGAGGAGAGGCGGGCAGCUGGAGCCGGAUGGCGGCGGCCGUUUCUGCGGGAGGUCCGGCUCUCAUCAUGGAGAACGGUUCCACCACUAAGCUGGGCCUGCCGCCGCUCACCCCCAACCAGCAGGAGGCGCUGCAGAAGGCCAAGAAGUACGCCAUGGAGCAGAGCAUCAAGAGCGUUCUGGUCAAACAGACUCUGGCUCAGCAGCAGCAGCUCAGCAGCCUGCAGAUGGCGUCUCUGACCAUGGGUUUAGGAGACGCUCUGUCUCCUCUGCAGUCGGUGGCAGCACAGCGGCAGAGAGCUCUGGCCAUCAUGUGUCGGGUUUACGUGGGUUCCAUCUACUACGAGCUGGGAGAGGACACCAUCAGACAGGCCUUCGCCCCGUUUGGACCAAUCAAGAGCAUCGACAUGUCCUGGGACUCAGUGACCAUGAAACACAAGGGUUUUGCCUUCGUGGAGUACGAGAUGCCAGAAGCAGCUCAGCUGGCUCUGGAGCAGAUGAACUCUGUGGUGCUGGGAGGAAGAAACAUCAAGGUGGGGAGGCCCAGCAACAUCGGCCAGGCUCAGCCCAUCAUCGACCAGCUGGCAGAGGAAGCUCGAGCCUUCAACCGGAUCUACGUGGCGUCAGUUCAUCCCGACCUCUCUGACGACGACAUCAAGAGCGUCUUCGAGGCCUUCGGGAGGAUCAAGUCCUGCAUGCUGGCUCGAGAGCCGACCACCGGCAGACACAAAGGCUACGGCUUCAUCGAGUACGAUAAGGCUCAGUCCUCCCAGGACGCCGUGGCCUCCAUGAACCUAUUUGACCUGGGGGGGCAGUACUUGCGAGUGGGGAAGGCUGUGACUCCGCCCAUGCCCCUCCUCACGCCGACCGCCCCCGGAGGACUUCCUGCCGCCGCCGCUGUGGCCGCCGCCGCCGCCACCGCCAAGAUCACCGCUCAGGAGGCGGUGGGAGCAUCGGUGCUCGGAGCUCUGGCCGGACCGGCGCUCCUCUCUCAGCAGCUGGGAGGACUUCCUCAAGCUGUCAUGGCCGCCCAGGCUCCAGGUGUGAUCACAGGCGUUACCCCGGCCCGAACCGGCCUGCCUCAGGUGGGUUUGGUGAACCCGGUGCUGGCCACUCCGCUGGCGCCGGCGGCCUCCUUCGGUUCUGAGCUGAAGAGGAAGGAGGAGGAGGAGGAGGAGCGUCAGGAGGUCCAGCAGGACAGCAUCAUGGAGCCGCUCAGCGAGCAGGAACACAUGAGCAUCAGCGGCAGCAGUGCCAGACACAUGGUGAUGAGGAAGCUGCUCCGCAAGCAGGAGUCCACCGUCAUGGUCCUGAGGAACAUGGUCGGACCCGAUGACAUCGACGAUGACCUGGAGGGUGAAGUCACCGAGGAGUGCGGGAAGUUCGGCCAGGUGAAGCGUGUCAUCAUCUACCAGGAGCGUCAAGGCGAGGAGGAUGACGCAGACGUCAUCGUUAAGAUCUUUGUGGAGUUUUCAGAGGCGUCCGAGAUGAACCGAGCCAUCCAGGCGCUGAACCAGCGCUGGUUCGGAGGACGGAAGGUGUCCGCUGAGGUCUACAACCAGGAACGCUUCGACAGCAGCGACCUCUCAGCGUAGGACCUGAAACACUGAAGCGUAGCGUAGAGGCCUCUUUCUAGCCCAGUUUUGUAUUGGUGUUUGUUUCUGGAGACAAUUCUUCUUCUUCAGCUGGUUCCUGGAACGGAUUAACGGACCAGAUGGUCCUCAUGUUGGACCUGCAGACCGGACCUUCUUCUUCCUGCUCAUCAUGUUGCUGAUGGUGUCUGACGUCUAGAUAGAACCUGGCGUGGUUUAAGGAACAGAUCCAGGGACAGAUCCUGGUUCCUGUAAGUAAGAAGGGCAUUGUUUAGGUACGAGAACCUUUGUUACCAUGGUAACAAUAAUGAAUGCUCUGAAACAGGACCAGCAGCCUCCAGACCUCCUCACCAUUAUUCAUAGCCCUUAAGUUUCUUCAGGUUUUAGGGAACCUGAACCUUUGUUCUGAGGAACGGUCCAAGUAGAACCUACUGCAGGCUGUUUAUUGGGGUUCCACCAGAACAUACCCCCAUCGCUGUCCUUCAGCAUCCUGCUGUUAGUCAAACUGACUGCAUGUGGACUCUGGGUGUCAGACUGCUGUUGGUCGCUUCUAUCAGUCAUUAACAGCCCCUGGUCCUGGUCCUCUAGGUCCUCUAGGUCCUGUAGGUCCUGUAGCAGGUAGACCUGGUUCUGUGGCUCUGAUCUGACAGCGGCCCCGUGGUGCGUUCAUGGACUGUGAACUGGUGAGCAGGUUGGAGGCAGCGGUGGUCCAGAUGUGACCCGUUCAGCUCCAGAGGUUCAGGUUUUGUUUGCAGCAGUAACAUCUGGAUGUUUGUGGACUGACUGGCGUUCCUGAACGCACCACGGCAUUCCACACCGGACCUUUUCUGUCUUGUCCAGAGGGUUGGUGCGUUCAGGUGCUCUUCAGGGUUCUGAUGGAAACACUGAAACGUGAAUAAAGCUGUUGUUUUGUAUGA